GUCUUCUUCAGCUGUGAGAGACAUUUUGAUUUUCCAUUCAUCUAAUAUUCAUCAAUAUUGAUCGAGUCGGUGAGCAUUUGUGAGACUAAUUAUUCUCAUUUGCGAGACGUCCGGGUGACAAAUAAAAUCGCGCAGAUGCACGGAGGCUCCACCUUUUCAAGCGGUUCAGUGACCUCACCAGUGGGCUGGAUUGUAAGGGUGGGAUUUCCAGGCUUCCAGUGAGUGAGCGCUGUGUAUUCCUGCCUCUCUAUCUUAGGAUCUAUGCGGCUUCAACGAUAGCAAAGAGGUACCUUUAAAAAGCCACAGAGAGGCCUAUAUAUUGGAUCUUUUUUUUCUUCUACAUGCGACUCCAAUCGGAAUAAAUAAUAGAGGAAUGUGGAAAUUACAGAAUGCCCAACAGCGCUGGAAAGAGAUUUAAACCCACCAAAUACAUCCCAGUGUCCACUGCUGCCACACUCCUUGUGGGAUCGACCACUUUAUUUUUCGUCUUCACGUGCCCCUGGUUGACAAAGGUAAUCUCUCCCGCCGUGCCUCUCUACAAUGGCUUGGUCUUCCUCUUCGUCUUGGCCAACUUCAGUAUGGCAACCUUCAUGGACCCUGGUGUAUACCCCAGAGCCGACGAGGACGAGGACAAGGACGAUGAUUUCCGAGCACCGCUCUACAAGAAUGUGGAGAUCAAGGGCAUCCAGGUCCGGAUGAAGUGGUGCGCCACCUGUCACUUCUACAGGCCGCCUCGCUGCUCGCACUGCAGCGUCUGCGACAACUGUGUGGAGGACUUCGACCACCACUGUCCCUGGGUGAACAACUGCAUUGGACGGAGGAACUACCGCUACUUCUUCCUCUUCCUGCUGUCGUUGAGCAUCCAUAUGGUGGGGGUUUUCUCCUUCGGCCUCAUCUUCGUUCUCCACCACCGCGAGAGACUGGCAGCACUGCACACCACUGUCACUCUGGUGGUGAUGUGUAUAGCCGGGCUUUUCUUUAUUCCAGUCAUGGGACUCACAGGUUUCCAUAUGGUGCUCGUUGCUCGAGGUCGAACGACCAACGAACAGGUGACGGGCAAGUUUCGUGGAGGAGUAAAUCCCUUCACCAAGGGUUGCUGUGGCAACGUGGAGUACGUCUUGUGUAGUCCCCUGGCACCAAGGUACAUGAUGGACCCCAGGAAAAAGCCCCAUGUCAGAAUUCAGCCCCCAUUCAUCAGACCUGACCUGUCAGAGAGGCAAAUCACCAUCAAGCUCAGCGACAACGGCAUCCACAGCACCAUCACCAGCUCCAAGUCCAAAAGUAGCCUGGACGGCCUUGACGAGAAAGAAACCCAGCCGCCGCUGCUGCCACCCAAAGUCGACAGGUACAACCAGCUGAAGAGUCAGCUGACGUCCAGCGAAGAUAGUUCUCUUUCUGGAAAGACCCACCCUUCCACUCCAGUCAUGUACAAAUUCAGGCCGUCCUUUGGCACCAUGCCUAAAGUCCACUACCACACUGCUGGAGAGAAGAUUGUCAUGCAAGAUGACCGGAAGACAUCAGCCAUCUUGGAAGAGGGUGUCCGUGGUCAUGACUACCGAUCUGAGCCAAACCUGGACCUGCCUGAGUACACCAAUACUCCUCUCCACCGCACCUUCCAGUCAUCUCCCCUCCAGCUGGACGGUGACCCCAUCAACUCCCACUCUCUCAGCCUGAAGCAGGGCCACCGUCGGCCAGAGAAGGGCCAGCUCUCUGCCCUGCAGCCGCAGACAGUCACCUCCACGCCGUACAAGAGCGUCUUUUCGCCCAACACGCUCUCCAACCGUAACGGCAGCUUGUCUUAUGACAGCCUGCUUAACCCCAGCAUCUCCCCAGCCACUGCCAGUGAGUGCAUGGCCCAUCGUGGUAUGCCCACCGUGGGGUUCCACUCGCCCUACCUGCCCACCAAAAUGUGCCACAUCCGGGAACCUGACAUGCAGAGGCACCAGGUCACCCCCGCCUACAGUCCAGUGAUGCCACCCAGGGGGGUGGGCAGGCAAUCCCCUCACCUAAGGGAAAGGGACCCAUCCCCGGUGCGCUAUGACAACCUCUCCCAGACCAUCAUGGCCUCCAUCCAGGAACGAAAGGAGAUGGAGGAGAGGGAAAAACGGCAGAUACUGCAUGGGCGCUCCCAGACCCAUAUCUAUGCCCAGGACUCUGUUGUGUUUGAUGGGGGCUAUGGCCUACCCCCCAAUGCUUGCUACUCAGAUGGGCCUCGUGGCCCUGGCUCUAGAGGCCCAACACCCCCAGCUUAUGGAGGCUCCAGGGACAACCUGAUGGGGGUCGGCCUGGUGAGCUAUGGGCAACGAACCCCCGUUUUGCGCCAUGCCGGCUCCAUGCUGGGUCGUGCCCCUAGGACUUCGACCACCUCCCUGCACACAGAUCACAUUAGCAGCAACAGCAGCCAGAGCAGGGCCGCUUGCCCUGAGGGCCUUUAUCGUUCCCCGGCCCACCAGCCCCACUCCCCUGCUAUGCCCCGAUCCCCCUCCUACUCCCACCAGAAACUCUCCUACAUCAGUGCCCAUGAGAGGACAGACUCAGCUCGCCUGGGGGGCCCAAGAGAGGCCAUGAAAGUUAACGGGCAGAUGGACUGCCACCCCAGUGCCAAGGGUUCCACCAUCAGCCCCAGCCGCCACAGUAACGUCAAAAAGGUGACGGGUGUAGGAGGCACCACGUAUGAGAUAUCAGUGUGAGCAGGGACACUGCAUGGACCUCCAAUGACAACAACCACCCUCCUGCAAAGAGAUGCUCUCCUGUUAUUUUAGUCAAGAGUCAGGGGCACAUAGCGCUCCCUGUUUUGGACUUAUUGUCCAAUCAGAGGACCUGUCUGCCCUUGUGUGGGUCCGUCUAGCCAAAUGCCUGUGUAUGUUCGUACCAGAGGGGUUGUUUGUCAGUUGAUACCGCUGCCGGCUGUAUGUGUGAGGAGUGUCUUGUCGUUAACAUUUUGUGGCUCAUCAUCUUGGUCGUAAGAGAGGAACGUUAAUGGUAUUACUUUUGUCUCUCAGCUGUGGUCAUGAAGCGUUUAGUUGUUCCAAAUGUCACACAAACUUUUCUCUAGAAAGCACUGAAGGCUGAACAAAAACACCACAGAUGAAUUAAACACUGACAAUCCUCACUAUGGACUUUUGUGAAAAGACUAAAGUCCUUUCCAAGUCAUUUGACCUCAAGAAGUCACGGUGCUUCACAUUAACUUGUACUGUUCAUGGCAUCUCCAGCGUAGCUUUGAGAAGUGAUGGAGGACCGAUCCGUUAGAUCAGCACCAACUGCAUUUGCAGGCAACACGAGAUAAAAGAGUUGAGAAGCAGGGGAAGGGGACAUCGAGAGAGGGAAGUCAUCGUAUCAGGUCUGGUGGUCGCGUUCCAAAUUCAUUGAGAAAGGCGUGUUGAUUAAAAGUAAGAUAAAAAACAAAAAUGGAAUUCCUUCUUUAUCAAAAACAAAUUUCUCAGGAAUGAAUGCAACCAGCAGAGAUGCUAGUUGAUAUUAAUUCACAGGCUUUGAAUGGCCCCUUCUUUGUCUCAGAUUAGUAGGGCUUGAAUAUAGCUUAGCCCCCUUUAUACACUUCACAAAGGUGCAGUGCAUCAUCAUCAUAGGCCUGUUUGUUUUAGUGACGUUCAGUUCGAGGAUUUCAACAUGACGCAAGUGCUGGGAAGAUAUAUUGGCGUCCUGAAAGAUUUGAAUACCUCAUCCCAAGAGUUCAGGAGGAGUCCAGCCUUGCACAACCAAAACUUUCUGUUUGUGUUGUGUCAAAAAAAAGAAGAUAACUUGUUUAGUGUGUAAGUUGUUUGUGUUCUACUCAUAGGAAUAGAAAGGUGUAGAGAUACAAGCCAUUGUCCCAUGUAGUAAAAUGAAGAUAACUGGUCACCCAUUUAUUAUUUUGUAUUUUUUUUUUUAAAUGUUUUUUUUCCUUUUUAUAUAGCCAGCCUUUCAAAAGCUAUGUUUGAUACAUUUUUUUUAUAGUUAAUUAAGCCUGGAAUGGAUGUCUUAUUUUGAGUGGAGUUUUUUUGUUGCUAAAUUAUAAAUUCAGUUAAUAAAUGAGGUCAUUAUAAUGGGUAGAAAUCCAUAAAGUAAAUAUAGCUUGUUUUCCCUUGCAGUGUAAAGAAAUGGUAUGAUGAAAUGUAAUUACAAGAUAUGUGAUUUGAGCAAGUGAAAUAUUUAAGUCGGUUGUUGACUUGUGAACAGUCAACGACUUGCCAAUGUGUGCACAAUGCUGUACACAAGUCAAGGAUUGGGCUUUCAAUAGAUGCUCCUUUGAGAUUUCAGUGCCAAAAAAGGCUACGACGCACCCCUUCAUUUCUCAGAGACGGUAGAUGGGUGACAUUGCUACUAUGUCACAGUGACAUCACGAAGACUGAAAAUAUCAAAUCAAUCAAUUUGCAGCAGCUGUCUGGUACAGCUUCAGUAUUACCCGACGCUCAAGGGAUGCAAGACUUUUCUUUUUUUUUAUUGUUUUUGCUGUUAAUUGAAAAAAAGUUACAGAACAUGUAUUACUUUUCGACCAUAAAAAUGAACUGAUAAUAUCCAAGUGGACGGUUUUUAUUUAUAUUUUGCACCAACUGAAUAUGAAAAUACAUGGAUGUAAAUUGGUAGAUUUUGUCCAGCUACAUUUGCAUGAAGGAUAAACCGUUGUUGCCUUUUAAGAGGAAAAGCUACCUUUCACACACACAAUGACACGUGGCUCGGUGAAACACUAUCGUACAAUAAGGGACAAUGAAUUAACAUUCGUGUUUUGUAUGGAGCAGAAAAUGGCAGGAGUGACACUUGUGGGACACUUAAGACUGGGUAAGAGAGUUCUGAAAGAAAGGCUAACGUGCAAGGCAAUGAAUGAUCUUGUUCAAUUAUGAAAUGACAUCACUUUUUACAGGAUCUUUUUUCUUCCCAUUUCUGGUGCAUUCAUAGAUUCCUUUCUCCUGAGUGUGAAGGCCAGUAGCUGUGGUAGAGUCGGAUGUUAUCGACACACUCGCUUUAGUAACAACCGUCUGGCUGGCAUGGUCUCACUCAGCUGCCUUACCAUGAACACAGUAAUGUGAAGUAACAGGAUACUCUAUUCAAGUCAUGUAUUUCUGAAUGGUUAAACAUUGUUUCUGUUGUAAGGCGGUGGUAUAACAGGGAUACUUUUUUUGGCAAAUCUGAUGGGUAAUUGUCAGCGUAACAGCUAACUGGAACAUCUUGAAAUGGUGUUAGCUGCUAAGUUGCCUGAAAACACCCCCCCCUCCCUAUCGCGACCACAUAUACAAACACUAUCGAUGUCAUUCCUCCUUAAGAUGACUGCCAUUAGUCCAAUGAUCUUUUUUUUGGGGAUGGACAUCACUGCAGGUCAGGGACCCAUUCCUGACAGUCUGUAAUGAAUCUGUUUUAUCAGCCGUGAGCCGAUUUUAUUUUUUGAAACGUAUAGAAAAUUCAGUAUGUAUUAAAAUAUACUAUAAAUGUACGAGUUCCUAUUUUUGUGAAGAGGAAAUAUUUCCCAAUGAUCUAAGCAGAGUAAAUAAAGUUUCCAACUCUUUGACUGAUUCUUGUAAAUUCAAGACACAACAUUGAUAUUAAGGUCUGUCUUUAAUAUGCCAUAGAUGUUAAUAGUUUAACUUUUUAAAAGUCAAAAUGCAAAGCAGUCGUUUGCAUAUAACCAGCCACGCUAUCUUGACUCCUACAACUCUCAACAUAAUCGUGUUUUAUCUAUACCUGCAUAUUUUACCAUUCGCUACAAGAGAUUUUUACAUGAAUGCAAACAUGGUCUUUGACAGCUUUUAUUCGAAGGUGGAGGAAACAUUUCCAAUCAUUUGAGUGCAAAUGAAAAGCAACAUUUCAUCCAUAUACAUGUAUUUACAGAUGCACUGGCACUUUAGAGGCAAGGUUAAGAACUCAAUUAGUGGAAAGGAAAAGGAGAGGGUGGUGAGCACACAGAUCAGAUAGGGCACACGCUGUUACAUAUACUCUACAUGCUUUAAGUCUGGGAAUGUUAUGAUCUAAAGAAGGAGAGAUUUAAGUCAGAGCAUAGCUGCACCAAACUCUGAUGAACCGUUGACUUUGGACUUCAUGGUUUUCAGAUAAUUCAAAAAAAAAAAAAAGAAAAAAAAAAAGGAAAUGCUUCUCUAAGUGCAUCUGAUCUCCUAUCAGUUAGCCGUCAGUGGACACUGCGAUCUGCAGUACACAUCUGAUGCCACUCAACUGUCUGGAGUGGAUUCCUCUUCUAUUCAGUUCCCAACAGAACUAAUGAAAGGAGAAACCAAGAAAGAA